AUGUCUGAAGAAAGAACUUUUAUUGCUAUCAAGCCAGACGGUGUACAGAGAGGCCUUGUCUCCCAGGUUUUGGCCCGUUUCGAGAGCCGUGGUUACAAGUUAGUUGGUAUUAAGGUCAUUAAGCCAACUAAGGACCUAUUGCACAAGCACUACGCCGAGCACGUUGAGAAGUCUUUUUUCCCAAAGUUGAUUUCUUACAUGAUGUCUGGUCCAAUCGUUGCCACCGUCUGGGAGGGUAAGGACGUUAUUUUACAAGGACGUGCUAUCUUGGGUGCCACCAACCCAUUGAAGUCUGCUCCAGGUACUAUUAGAGGUGACUUUGCCAUUGACAUGGGCAGGAACGUCUGCCACGGUUCUGACUCUGUUGAAUCUGCUAACCGCGAGAUUAACUUGUGGUUCAAGAAGGAGGAAUUAAUUGACUGGGAAAGCACAAACGCACCAUGGAUCUAUGAAUAG